AUGAAUAAAGAUAAAUUUACUCCAAAUAAAACUUCCAUUUUUCCUGGAAAUAAUGAACUUACGAAACGACAUUUUGAUCGUAUCGAAACACAUGGAUCACCGAAAAAAAUAAAAACACCAACGAAAAAUGAAUUAAUUAAUAAUAACAUCAUUCCUAUAUCAUCAUCGUCAUUAUCAAACACAUCGAACCCUUUUCUUGUCAACGAGGAAUAUCCCAUUUCUAUUUUUAAUAAGGAAUUAUCAAAUCAAAAGUCUUUCUUAGAAGAUUCACCAGCAUCUAAAUUAUCGGAAAAUUUAAAAUGGUUAUCACUUCAAAAACAAAAUUCUAACAUUUUUAAUAUUUCUAAUAUAGAAGUAUCAGAGAUUACAAGGAGAAAAGAUGAUAAUACAAAUAUUCAAAAUUCUUCUUCUAAUAUUGAUUUCUCUAAUAUUAAUCAAAUGGUGUCAAAUAUUAAUAUUAAUCAAACACCAUGGAUUGAAAGAUUUUCACCUCUUAAUAAUCAAGAACUUGCGUUAGAUCAAGUUAAAAUUAAAGAAAUUCGUAACUGGCUUGAUCGAACUUUAGCUGAUACUAAUUAUAAUAAUCAAGGUCUUAAAAAUCAUAAAUUACUUAUUAUACAUGGACCAUCUGGUUCAGUGAAGACAACCGCUAUCAAGGUUAUAGCUAAAGAACAACAAGUUGGUGUAUCAGAAUUUGGAAUUGAAUCAACUGUAUCAUAUAUUAAUGAUCAAUAUCUUUCAAUUAUGGAUCAACUUCAAUCAUUUAUUACAUGGCAUUCAAAUAAUUUAAGUGAAGAAACCAGGAAAGCAAAUUUUGAUGAACAAAUUGUAUUAAUUGAUGUUAAUACUUGUUUGGUUUCUCCUGAUUCAAAAGACAAAUUUAAUUCAUUAAUAGAAAAAUGGUUAAAAAAAAGAACGAACUAUUGGCCUCUUGUUCUUACCUACACUGACGAAUUUUUAAUUAUUGAUUAUGAAAAAAAUCCGGGAUAUUCUGUCAAAAAAAAUGUUUUUUAUGGUUCAAUUAUAUCAAAUAAUAUUCUUGGAUCAAAUUUUUGUACGAAAAUUGAGUUUUCAUCUAUUAAACCUUCCGUUAUAGAAAAAGUUCUUAACAAAUAUAUAAGAAAAAUUUAUCAAGAUAAAAUUUCUGACUUUGUGGGUAGACGUUUUAUAAAAAGAAUUAAAUCCGAAUGUCGAGGAAAUAUUGUAACAGCCAUUAUGAAAUUAGAGAGAGCUAUGAAACUUCUUGAUGAACAUUCAAGUUUUCGAAAAAUGGUAGAAGAUAGAGUACUUCAUCAAAAAAAAAUUGAAUGGAAUAUAUAUGAAGGAGAAUUGAAUAAAAAAGUUCUGGAAAUAUUAAGUUUAUGUGAUGGAAUUUCUCGAAUCGAUCGAUUUAACACCAUUAAUAAAUUUUUAUCUAAUCCUCGAAACGAAGAUCCUCAAAAAUAUUAUGUUAGUAAGGAAAUUAUGAUUGAUCCACGAGAUCUUAAAGUUCGACCACCUUUAAAGUAUAAUCCGGAUGAAAUAAUUGAAGAUAUGGCGAUGACACCUGAUGAUCUUUUAUAUGUAUUACAUAAUAAUGUACCAAGAAUUUACGAAGAUAUAUAUGAAAUGAGUUAUGCCGCAGAAAUUCUUUCAUUAACAGCUCGGGGAACACUAGCAGCUCAUACUCAUACAAGAUCUCAAACUGGUAAUUAUGAUUAUUUUGGUAGUUACAAAUGUGAAUCCAAAAUGCGAGAAAAUUAUCGUAUGAUAGAUUAUGAACGUCAAAAAGAUCCUAAUCAUAGUCGAUUAUCUAAUAGUUUAUAUGGUCUAGAAAUAUAUCCUUAUUUGCAAUUAAUGAAAAAGAAAAGAAAAAACGCAAUCACCGUGCAAAACACUAAUAACAACACGUCUGAAAGGGAACAGAAACCAAGAACAAGCGUACGCAAUAAAAAAAUUCAAGUUGAGUCUAGAAAAGAAUUCACAAAGUCUAUUAACGGUCCAGUUAAUCGUUCAAUUACAAAACUUUCUACUAGUGAAAUUUUCCAAUUAUAUGAAAAUUAA